CUUCCACUAGAAUCCUUAAAAGACUCAGGAGUUUCUUCACAUGGCGGUAGGAAAGACUUACUUAACAAUUGAAAUUUUCAUAGUUAACAUAAUAUUACAAGUUCAGUGGAGGUAUUUGAAGUAUAAAAACAUAGAGUCAAAGAAUUUAUAUCAAAGCAUCCUCGUGCUGGGGAAACAAAUAACUGUGUAAUGGGAAUUGAUUGUUCGCUGCAGGCCUCAAAGAAGAACAUGUCAGACCUGGAAGACGCCAUGGUCACUAUCAUCAAAGUUUUCCACAAAUACUCGGGUCACAAGUGCAACCUGAAGAAAGCAGAGCUGAAAGAGCUCAUCAACAAUGAGAUGGGGCAUUUUAUUAUGAAAAUCAGAGAGAAUGAUAUUCUGGACGAGCUCUUCGAGGACCUUGACCAGAACAGAAACCUGGAGAUCGACUUCAAAGAGUUCAUCGCCCUCAUCGCCAUGGUUACUACGUCAUGCCAUGACCUCUUCACCCCAAGUUACCACAGUCAUUAGU